AUGCUCAUCUCUCUUAUUUUCACAUCAAAUCUCGUACAAAACACAAGCUUACAAACAACAACCAUAAUGGCAGAAUUAUUAGUCAAACACAAUUUUGUUUCGAAAAAACUGAAGUAUAAACCAUGUGCUGUUAUUAUGGGAAGAACAGGAGCUGGUAAAACAACAUUAGUGAAUGCAUUAUGUGGCACUGAUCAUAAAUCAGGUGCUGGAGCAGGAAGUGUUACACGAGAACUUUAUCGAAAUGAUGUUGUUCACGGUCAACAUANUUGUAAAAGGAAGAGAUGA